AAAAAGUAAAUACUCACAUUUUGUUGAAAAACGACUUAAAUUUGCGAGAAUUCGCGUCUCUAUUUUCAGAAUGGCAUAAUAGAAUUAUUUACUUGUGUCUGAUAGAUCUGAUGGUGUCAAGAUGACGCUGAAGAACUCAAAUCUACAACAUUUGCGAUACCAUGGAAACAGCGAAAGCAACAAAAUGGCGGACAAGUGAUUAGAGUUUUAAGUUAACUUUUAUUAAACAUGGCCGGAGAUCACUACGUUCCUGAGCAUCCUCUCCCACAGGAGAUACAGACUAUGAACCGCGAUGACACAGUGUGUCAGUUCUGUGGAGUGAGCUAUUUAAUCCAUAACGAAAUGAAAGCUUUGAUGAAGAGAGUCGAGGAAGCAGAGAAAACSAUGGAAUACUACAAAGGCAGUGUGGAGAGAGAAGAACAGCUUAAAAUCAAAUUACAAGUUGAAAGUGAGAAAACAGCAUUAGAAAAGAACUGCCGUCAACUUCAAGAGAAGCUGAGUUGUUCCGAGAAAGAAUUAACUGUUUUAAAAGAAUCAAGACAAAGGUCUAGUGACUUGCAGGUCAAGUGUGAUAAUCUUGAAAGAGAAACACAAAGAUAUAGAGAUGACAUUGCAAUACUGAAAGAAAAAAUUCAACAGCAGCUGUCUGAAAUCUUGAAGUAUAAAGAGACUGAAAGAUCAUGUUCUUCCUGUAAUGAAGAGAUUGACACUCUAAAGCAACAGUUACAAACAAAGGAAGAAUCCACAAAAAAGGACAAACAGAAGCUACAAGAAGUAAUUCUCAAUAAAGAAAAAGAAGUCUACAAUGUUAUGAAAGAAAAAGAUGAGUUAAAGGUACAGCUUGAUGAGCUGAGYAAAGCUGAACAUGAAACCAAGCUGUUAGCCUCAGGCUCUGAACAACAACUGAAGACUUUAAAAGACUCACUUUCUGCAGCAAAGACUGAAAUUGCAACUCUACAAGAAGAAAGAGACAAGAUGAUAACUGCUCACCACAAUAGAAUAGAACAACUAAGAGAAAGUUUCAAGUCUAAAAUGAACGAGGCAGACGCCUGGCCAGAGAAGUUUUCAAAAGCUAUCCAAGAACUGCAACAAAAGCACCAACAAGAAAAAGAUGAAAUGUGGAAAGAACUCAAUGAUUCUUUUCGAAAGGAACUUGAACAAGAGUCCCAACGACAUGCUGAAGAACUGAACCAGUGGAAAUCAGAAGCUAAAAAUACACAAGAUAAGUUCAAACAAGAUGUUAGCAAUAUGACUCGAAAACACCGCGAAGAACUUAGACAGUUGCGGCUCGAAGUUGAUGACAAAAAGAGAGAAAUGUCCACAGCAAAAGAUUCGAGCUCAUCUGUUAUAACAGAUCUCGAAGCACAAAUAAAAGAUCUACAGUCCAGGCUGAGCAAACGAUCGAAUGAUUCGGCGGACCAAGUAUCGUCCCUGAAGGCACACCUUCAAGAGUUAGAACAUACUAACAACACUAAAGAACGACAGUUAAUUAAUUUAGAGUCUGAACUAACAUCAGCAAGACAACAGGUUGAAGUUUUGCAGGACACCGUUCGCCGUGAAUGCGAGGAGAGACUGGAACUAACCGACGCCUUAAGUGAAGCUAGAACCCAGCUCCUUUCGUUACAGAGAGUUAACAAAGUAUCUUCAUCACAAACUAGUCUUACUAGCGUGAACUCUAGUGCAUCCAUUAAUAGUCGGGGUACUUCAAAUGGGAGCUCAGUCUGUCUUGUAGGRUUUGAUGGGAUCAAAAGCACCCCACGUGACUCUGGGCGCCAGUCUCGCUCGGGUAGCGUAGAUGAGAGUAGGCAACGUAUUUAUAAUGCCCUAGGGCGGAGUGGYUCAAGAGGUCGUCAUGGUGACAGCAGAUGACGUCGAUCUAAAAGCACCCAAUCACCAUUUUGCAUGUACACCGGAUAUAAGAAUGCUAUGUUCGCCUAUACGGAGGUUAUCCAUGCACUACAAAGGUUUUGUAUUCACUAGAUAUGGAAGCAUCCUGUGGAUUGCGCUGUGGUCCUUUGCAACAAUGAUUCACGUCAUUAGUUUUGACGAAAUGCAUUGUGGUAAAAAUACAAGAUGGCGGAUGGAGUUUAUUGAAAAACUAAAUGGAACGAAGAAAACCAACGUUAUUUCUUUAUUUGGAAGAACAGUAAGAUACGUCUGUAGAGUACCUGUCUGGGAAAUAAAUUAUGUGGCCGUUGUYCAUAAAACACACAGUUUGUACUUUAGUCAAUCCCAUGGUGCAUCUGGCACUUACGGGAAAUGACCAUUCACAUUUUGUGUAACCAGCUAUAGAGUUGUAAGCAAAAGUCACUUUUUAAUAUUGUAAAUAUACUCCAGAUGAUUUGGUUGCAACUCUUGCAGGCAUGAAAAUGAGAAUGUUGACUUUCAACUAAAAAACGAGUUAAGGUACUACUUGUAGUAUUGAGUAAAAUAUUAAUAAAAUAUUUUUG